AUGGUAACACCCAUUUCGGCUUUCCUUUCAAGCACAAGUAUUUAUUUGUAUAUGGGUUUUUUCACCUGUGAUCUGUAAGCUCAGAGUUGUGAUUACCCUCCUCUUUUUAACCUUUUUUGGAUUGGAUGUGAUAGGCAGAGAAUGAUUGCUCUUCCCCAUCAUUCCCUAUGCUGACCCAAUGAGAGUUUAAAAAGUUGAGGAUGAAUGAAUGAGGAUUUUAUAGUGUUUCUAAAAAGUUGAGGAUUUGACGGUCUCAGAAACAAUUCCAAGAUACACAAUUUUUAGGCUAUGGGACUUGAGGGCCCCUUACUGGCACAGGCAUCGGUGUUUUGUAAUGGAAUCUCCUACACCUCGCCCACUGGAAUAUCUUAGGGAUUUCGAUUAACUGACUAACUAAGUAUUCCUGGGAGUAAUUGAUUUUCGGUGAAUUAUUGUUUGAUUGAGCAUGAGCAUUGAGACGUAGCAUCCCUACCUCCAAAAUAAGUAAUUGUCACUAUUUAGGUUUACUGUAUGCAAACCCCUCUGUGCUCAUUCAAGCUUACUGCUAUGUCUGAUCGUUUAUUUAUUUAGGGGGAUUAUGGUAUUGUGAUGUGUUUUCCCUUUUAGAGAGUGUGGUGUGUUAUUGCAAGGCCUCUCUCAGCUGUACUUGCAAAGCUUUUAACCACUCAUGGGAGAGAGGAGAGUGAAUAAUGAAUGAGUUUAUGCCCCAUCACACGACUAUUUCUCUUGCUUGAAUCUCCUUCUCCAACUGGCCUGCUCUUCCCGGUGCAGAUAUCAUGAUUAAGCUAUUUAAAGUCAAAGAGAAGCAGAGAGAGGCUGCUGAAAGUGCCAACGGGAGAGCACCUGUAAAGAAGCAAAGUGCCGGUGAAUUGCGAUUGCAUAAAGAUAUUAGUGAGUUGAACCUGCCAAAAAGUACAAGUAUAAAUUUUCCAAAUGGCAAAGAUGAUCUGAUGAAUUUUGAAGUUAUCAUACAACCUGAUGAAGGAUAUUAUUUAGGGGGACGCUUUACUUUUACUUUUAGUGUUUCUCCAACCUACCCUCACGAGGCACCAAAGGUUAAGUGCAAGACAAAGGUUUAUCAUCCAAAUAUUGAUUUGGAAGGAAAUGUUUGCCUUAAUAUUCUGCGUGAGGAUUGGAAGCCUGUUCUUAAUAUCAACACAAUCAUAUAUGGGCUGAAUCAUCUUUUCACACAUCCAAACCAUGAAGAUCCCUUGAAUCAUGAUGCUGCGGCAGUGUUGAGAGAUAACCCGAGGACAUUUGAAGCAAAUGUAAGAAGGGCCAUGGCUGGGGGUUAUGUGGGAUCUAGCUACUUUUCAAGAUGCAUCUAAGGAUCUUUUUAAAUUAUUUGAAGUUCAAGCAUUAUGGCAGUUAGGUUUGAAAUGUAAACAUAUGGUAUGCUUGAGAAGUUACAAAUUUUACAGCUGCCUAAAACAUGAAUUUAAUUGUUGAUAAAUAGCCUGUUUUCAUUCAAAAAAUUAUGAUUUGGUAAGGACACAUUCUGAGCCAUGUAAUCUAUUGGAAAUUCCAAAGUAAGCUGCCAAGGCAGUUUAGUUAAUGACUGGGAAGUGUCGCAGUGGUGUUGUGAAUCUGCUAAAUGGUUAUUGUUUGUUGUUGGAAAAUAAUAUAAUGGAUCCUGUGUCUUGCCUUU